AUGGAAACUCCAGAUAUGUGGAGCGAUCAAUCGACAACCUCGUCAAUAUCCGUAUCUCCGGUCGAGCGUGUUCGACCGUUUAGACGUGCUGAUUCAGGGGAACUUCAACGAAAGUUGGGUCUGAAGGUGCUCAAUCUCGGCGGGAAUUCUGUCAUCGGAUACCAACUUCACUUUGAUUUGGAGGGGGAAACUGGAGUUGUGGUUCGUGGUAUUGGUACAGCUGUUCGUUUGCGCAAACAGACAGCACCACGGUCACCCCCGAGCAGUCCGGUUGGUGCACCACCAAGGCUUCCCGGAUCGAUCGAGCUGAACACAGAAUCUCCCGUAGGAUCCGCUGAUACUCCAUCUGCCUUAGAACGCGAAGCACCGUUCAAAGGAUCUACAGGUAACCUCAGUCAGGCUAUGGAACUUGGG